CUCUAGCCCACUCAUUCAAACUCAAAAGCUCAAUCUGCCCCGAGCUCCUUCAGAAAUGGCGACGUCAUCGAUCACCGAAGUGUCGACGAGGCUUCAGCUCAUCGAGCAACACCUCCUCGGCGAAUUCUCCCCGACCGACGCCGCCUUCCCGGCUCAUCUCGCCCCCGCCCCAUCCUCCUACUCCAUCCCUUUCGAACCCGCAGUCGAGCCUACUCGCUCUGAAUCUCUCUCCUCCGUCUCCUUCUCCGACUUCGAUUGCCUCCCAAAUGAAGAUCUCUUCGAGUUCGAUGUCAGCUCGUUUGCCUUCGAGCAAAACCAGAGCGAGAGCUUCAGUUUCCAAGCGAAACCUCAAAAGCUAGACCUUAUCCCUUCGGUGGCGACGAGUUCGAGCUCAUCGUUGAGCUCCGAAACGGAAUCGUUCUUGGGGUUUGAAGCGAAGCCGGUAAUUAUCGGUGAAACGGCCUCGAAAACCUCGCAAUCAAGCAAGAAGCCAUCGCUGAAGAUCGCGGUGCCGAGAAAAGUCGAGUUGCUGCAAUUCUCCAAGGCGAAUCCGAUGGUUCAAGGAGGUUCGAAUCAAGCACGCGACGAGCAGAGGCACUAUAGAGGAGUCCGGCGGAGGCCUUGGGGGAAGUUCGCGGCGGAAAUCCGAGACCCGAACCGGAAGGGCUCGCGCGUCUGGCUAGGAACUUUUGACACCGCCAUCGAAGCUGCGAGGGCCUACGACCAAGCUGCCUUCAAGCUCCGCGGGUCAAAGGCGAUCCUCAACUUCCCUCUCGAGGCCGGCAAGCCCAGGUCGCUGGUGGCCCCAGCCGAUGGCAAGAAACGACCCCGCGAGGAGAAGGAGGAGGAGAACGUGGUCAUCGUGAAGAAGGAGAAGAUGGCGGAGUCUGACGUCGGCAUGUGGAGGGACGCUCCCUUGACGCCGUCUUGUUGGAAGGGGACCUGGGACUCUGAUGACACGAUGGGGAUCUUUGACGUUCCUCUGCUGCCGCCGUUAUCUCCGAUUCCGACGUUAGGGUUUCCGCAGCUGAUGGUCAAAUGAGAAGUGUCUUCUUUGUUUAUGGAGCAACGGUGUGCAUAGUUUGGUGAUGUUAGGACUAGGUGCUCAGAAGAUGGUUUUUGAGAUGAAUGAUCACUUUGAGGUGCAUUGUAUGGCAUGGCGAAUGACAAUCUUUUGGCUAAAAUUAAGGAUCCAUCGAAACA